UUGUGUGUACACAAAUCACAAGCCGAAAAUUAUGAUGGUCGGAGAAACUCACCGUCUUAAUCCGACUGUCCAUGUUCCACCAUGGCCUAACCUUGACGAUGAUCAAACGGCCGAGAUUUACUCUCCACUCAACUACAAUGCAACCGACAGUCACUUCAACAACAACGGCGGCAACCCGGUUCAUCUCCAUGAAGCGUUAGCAGCGUUACAACGUUACUUGCCGUCGAACGAACCGGACGUUCUCUACCCGGAUUCCGAUCUUCCGGUUCUCGAAAACCCGGAUUCUCCGGUCGACGCUUACUCGUGCGAUCAUUUCAGGAUGUUCGAGUUCAAAAUCCGGAAGUGUCCACGUGGCCGAGCCCAUGACUGGACCGAGUGUCCGUACGCACAUCCCGGCGAGAAAGCUCGCCGGAGGGAUCCGAGGAAGUAUCAUUACUCCGGCACUGCUUGUGCUGAUUUCAGGAAAGGGAACUGCCGGAAAGGCGACGGUUGUGAGUUCGCUCACGGCGUUUUCGAAUGUUGGCUCCACCCAGCUCGUUACCGGACCGAACUGUGUAAAGAUGGACCAGGCUGUAAGCGUAAGGUUUGUUUCUUUGCUCAUAGUCUAGACCAGCUUAGGGUCGUGAGCUCCGCCGGUUCUGGCUCUCCUCUUAUAAGCCCACGGACCGAGUCAUCACCGCCGGUUUCACCUAUAUCCGACUCAUUGAGUCGGUCACUCGGUUCGUCUUCCAUUAACGAUAUGUUAAGGAAUUUACAGCUUGGGAAAGUUAAGUCCAUGCCUAAUGGUCUUUGUUCAUCACCUUCUCCUUCCAUGUUCGGGUCACCCAGAGAUUCAAUGAUCCUUCCCGGAUUUUGUAGCCUUCCCAACACUCCGACCCAGAACUUGACCCGUCAUGGGAUCGGUGGAUACUUGGAUUUAUUUGAAAAAUGGUGUGAAGAAGAAGAACCAGCCAUGGAAAGAGUUGAAUCCGGAAGGGAUUUACGUGCAAAAUUAUUUGAGAAAUUGAGUAAAGAGAAUUGUUUGGGAAGGGGUAAUCAGGGUCAGGGUUCUGGAGAUCCGAAUUUGGAUUGGGUUUCGGAUUUGGUGAACUGAAAUAUUUAAUUUUUUUCCAUUAUAUUUCUGGAUUCAUUUUGAAGCCAUUUCUGGGUUUUAUCUUCUUCUCACUAAGAAAAAGGAGAGGAAAAUAUCUGAAAAUAUAUAAAUAUUAUUUUUAUUUAGAUGAUCAGAUUGUAAAAUUUCAUAGCUUUUUUUUGGUAUGUUCCUGUAAUGCAAAAUCAUUUAGUAUAAUGUAAAUUAAAAGCUGUUUUCAAGAA